AUGUCUGACUCAGUGGAUUCCACCAACCCCGGCGGUGCUGCUGCUGGGGAUGCACCCCCAACAAAGCUUUCGUUAAGAGAGGGUGAUUCGGUCGUCACUGGUGUGUCUACUCGUGAGGAAGACUUGGCCCAUGGCCCUUUACUGUUGGGAGUAGGGGGCGGACAAGAGCAUCCGUCUAUUGAUCCAACCUGGGGAACGACUGAGAACUACGCUCCGCAAGCAGAAGUACUGCCGUUAUUUCCAUUUAGAGCGCCUCAGCCAGACCUUACAGAGGUCGUGUCAGCUUCUGAGCCUUCGCACUCAGGGCCUUCCUUCGCUGUUCCAACCCAGAGCGUCUCACACGCAAGCAAUUCACGCCACGAGGAGGUGAUACAGGGCCUGAUUGAUGAACCAAUGCCCAAUCGCUCAUUGUAUUGGAUCCCGGAAUUCUCAUGGCAGGACGCCCGCCUGUGUUUUGAUGAUCAGCCACUGGAGCUGCCAGCAACACGCGGUGGCCAGUUCUCGAGAGGUGGCCCUGUCUCGGAGCAUGAAUUCUCCAUAUCUCAGAGGUCCUUUCCUCGUAUAGGAGUGCCCAAUGUUGAACAUGACGAGUUUCAGAUAUCUGAUAUCACUGGCGUUGGAGGUUUCUUCAGUUCAAACGAACGCCAGGAUGAAAGAAACUUUGAUCAAAUUUUGGAAAUCAAACGCGCAGCAAGCUCCAGUUCCAGCGAUACUUCUCACUCUGAAGCCGCCUUUCGAGGAGAAUUCAUUGACACAAGUCAGCCUGUUCAGGACGAGAUCGCCAUACAGGAGAUUAUCAAGAACAUAGUGGAAAUACUUGCCGACGACUACUACAGAUCAUAUGCGCCACAGAGACGGACUCUUGCAGCCAAGCGUAAACAAGUUGAUCGAAGCUCUACCAGUUCGACCAAGAACACCCGAGCAACAAUUGGACGGAAAGGCGCCAAGCCAACAGGUCGCAGAGGCCAGACUAUUGAUGGAGAUGAAGGUAGUGAGGAUGAAGAGUCCGGCGGAAGUUGUGUCAAGAAACUCAGGGACAUAUAUCGUCUCAAGAAGCACCUUCAAGAGAAGCACUUCUCCCAUCAUUGCUAUAUCUGCUUCAAUGAGUUUCGGCCAGAGGAUUUGACUCAGCAUGAGAAAGUGUGCGAAAAACUAUUCGGCCAUCCGACAAGCCCACCCCCAGUUGGACUUAUCACAAGGGAUAUGGCAACUGCGAUAAAUGAGAGGUCCAACACCAGGCUGACUUCAAAAGAGCAAUGGGAGAGGCUGUUCAAGAUUAUCUUUCCACACGAACCGAUUCCUUUGAGCCCCUAUCUCGACGAUGAGUGGAAAGUGGCCCACUGCUGCGACUACUUCGAGCAGCCAUAUGUGCAGUGUCAGACUCGUAAAAUGAUGCACGAGUCUGGGCUUGGCGAUAUACGGCAAGCAAUGCCGAGGUUGUUUGAACAAUUAGUAGUCUACUUGUGGGACUCUCUCGAUAUCGAACAUGAGAUCAGACCUUAUGUAGCCUCCGAAGAAGAAACAGUUGAUCAGGCACAACACAUUUCGACUACGGAAGACUACAUACCUGAAGAAUCACAAACACCUGCAUUGAGGGGCUUUGAGUAUGAUCAGGAUCGACUCUACGCCAUUCAGUAUAGUGGGUUGAUGGAAGUCGACAACACUACGACUCCGGCCCCAGAACCAUUUGCUGACCAGUCAGAAACUGGAGUUGGGGAAGAUCUUGAUCGUCCUGGAUUCAUUGACAACUAUGGAUCUUCCUAUUUAGAUAUCGCUUCAAACAUGAACCUGGAAGAGGUUUGGAGUGAUCCCUUUUCGAGGCCUGGAGCAGGGGAUACUCCUUGGUACGGUGGACAAGAGGUGUUUGAGACGGGGCUCGAUCAAAUGAGAGGCGAUGAGACUCUUUUCCAGUGA